AGAGUGACGAGUAAAAGCUGCCGGACCCUGUCAGCCUUUCUGCCCUCGCAUCUCGUGUUUUCUUGCCUGUAAUUGUUUACGGCCUUUUUUUUACAACCUCACCCUCUGGUCCUAUUCUACCUGGCCCUGUUGCUUUUGGCUGUCCAAAUCACCUGCCUCAAGCCCCAACGCUUUCAGCUGGGCCCUCGACCCGGCCCAUAAUAAUCGCAGCCAUGCUCACCAUGUAUUCUGGCACCAAGCUCACCGAGCUACCGCCUGGUGUCAGCGCCACACAUUCUCCACAGCUGCGCAAGAGAGGCUCGUCGACGCAAAUUGCGCCCACGGCCCAAGCCCUAGACACCACAGACUCUCGCGAACAAAGGCGGCGCAUCCACCACGAGGCAGAUGUCGUCAUUGUCGGUGCUGGCAUUCUGGGCUGUGCUGCUGCCGUCGCAUUUGGCAAGCAGGGCAGGAGCGUCAUAUUGCUGGAAAAGAGUCUCAAGGAGCCUGACCGCAUUGUCGGCGAGCUGCUGCAGCCUGGCGGUGUAAAUGCGCUUGAGAAACUGGGCAUGAGGGACUGCCUCGAUGACAUUGACGCCAUUCCCUGCUAUGGUUACCAGGUCAUGUACCACAAAGAGCAGGCUCACAUUCCCUAUCCCGACAACCUGAUUAAAGGCGCGCCCUCAAAGGCACCCGAAGGUCGCUCCUUUCACCACGGCCGCUUCAUCUCCAAGCUCCGCGCAAAGGCAAAGGCGACGCCUAAUGUCACCGUUGUUGAGUCGACAGUCACGUCGCUGGUCAAGAGCGACCACACCAACCAAGUCGUAGGUGUAUCUUGCCAAACCGACGGCGAACAAGACUACUUCUUUGGCGCUGUGACGCUGGUAGCCGACGGCUAUGCAUCAAAGUUCCGCAAGGAAUACAUUCCUCACCAGCCCCAGGUCCGCAGCAAGUUCUGGGGUCUAGAGAUGAUUGACGCCCAGCUUCCUGUCCCGAACCACGGCCAUGUCAUUCUCACCGACGCACCUCCGAUCCUCAUCUACCAAAUCGGCACCCACGAGACGCGUAUUUUGAUCGAUGUACCCGAGAACUUGCCCUCGGCGUCGCCCAAGAACGGCGGCAUCAAGAACCAUAUGCUCAACGUAGCACUCCCCCGCCUUCCCGAAUGCGUACAGCCCGCAUUCCGCAAAGCAGUCGAACAAGGCAAGCUCCGUAGCAUGCCAAACUCCUUCUUGCCUCCUUCCACGCAAAAGCAGGCUGGCCUCAUCAUCCUCGGCGACGCAAUGAACAUGCGCCAUCCAUUGACCGGCGGCGGCAUGACGGUCGCUUUCAACGACGUAGUCCUUCUUUCGUCUCUCCUCUCUCCCGCUAAUAUCCCUUCGCUCGAAGACUCCGAGGCCGUUCUCGCCGCCCUCGGAAAAUUCCACUGGCAACGCAAGAACGGCACCAGCGUCAUCAACAUCCUAGCCAUGGCCCUGUACUCGCUCUUCGCCGCAGACAACGUCUACCUCGAACUCAUCAAGAAGGGAUGCUUCAAGUACUUUUUACGUGGCGGUGCCAGCGUCGCAGAGCCAAGUGGCAUGUUGGCUGGUCUGAUUACACAUCCCUGGAUGCUGGUCUAUCACUUUUUCUACGUCGCCGUGUAUGCUAUUUAUGUCCGGUUGGCCGAGGUUCCCUUUUACAUGAUCCCAUGGACAUUGAUUGUCGAGAACAUCAUGGUUAUUUGGACGGCUGUCUGUGUUAUCGGCCCUUAUAUCAUUGCCGAGGCGAAGAGUUGAUGAAAAAGACGCAAAAACGAACGAGCAAACGUUGCAUGGAAACCGACCCUUUUUUUCGCUUGUAUAUACCUCUUUGUGGUUUGAUCAACGCUCGCUGUAUGUCCUUUAUACGGACGCCUGGGGUGUCUGGACAGUUAGCUGGUGUUGAAGGUAGUUGGAUUUUUUUUUUUACAUAUGAUAGUAAUUGUAAUUUGUAUGACAUUCAAGCC